AUGCCGUCCCCAAAAAUCACCGGCUACUGGGAGAAUGUGGGCUUGACAGGCGUCAUCUCCCGCGCCCUCUUCCGAACCCUCCAAUGUCUCUUCGCCCUCGUCGUCGCAAUACUUUACGGACUCGACCUACAGAAAGCAACCUCGAACCACACAAAAGCAGAUUCCAAAUGGGUCUUUGCGGAAUUCGUCGCCGGCGUCUCCAUGAUCGUCUGCAUCAUACACCUCAUCUUCACGGCCACAAGCUGCGGCUGGACAGUACUGGACGGGAUGUUGUCGAUCCUCUGGAUGGCGCAAUUCAGUGUCUUUGCGUCUCAGUUCCUAGGCGACGGCAAGCCAUUGGAUAAUGCCAAAUUUGUUCCAUCAGAAAGCAGGAUGAAGGCUGCGGUUUGGAUAAACUUGAUCAGUAUGCUCCUCUGGUUCGCGACCACUAUACUAGGCACCAUGAGGUGCUGCGCUCGCAGGAGAAAAGCAAAGAUGUUGACUCGAGGCGAGACGGUUGAUAUGGAAAGACUAGAGAGUCAACAAUGA